CCCACAGUGCACCACUCUGAUGCUCUGGACAGCAGUCCGAGCUCGGAUGCUCUGACCAGCCACACAGGAAAAGCCCCGGGAAAAUUUGAAUUCCUUUUCCUGUCUGGCCAGUUUGAAUCUCAUUUCCUGUUUGGACAUCGUGGCGAGCUCAGCAGCACUGGCAAUGAUGCAGAGCUCUCCAGCAGAGGUGAUCAUGCAAUCGCAGAAUAGAAAGAGGGCCCCAGCAUGGACUGAUCGGGAAGUCUUGAAUCUGAGCACAGUGUGAGGCGAUGAGUCCGUGCUUUCGGAGCUGCGAUCGAAAAAACGGAAUGCGAAGAUCUACGAGAAGAUCUCAAAAGCCAUGACGGAGUGGGGAUACAGCCGGGAUGCAACGCAGUGCCGCGUGAAAAUCAAGGAGCUGAGACAAGAGUACCAGAAGACCAAAGAGUCAAAUGGACGCUCCGGAUCCCAGCCCCAGACAUGCCGUUUCUACGAGGCACUGCAUUCCAUUCUAGGUGCGGCCGCCAGCACUACCCCACCACUGUCCGUGGACUCUGACAAUGGGGUAUUUUCGACGGCCGCUUCCUCGGAGCUGUUCGCGGACGGGGCAGAUGAGGAAGGAGAUGAGGAGGACGAGGCAGUCGACAGCGCUUUCAACGCUGAUUUCCCCAACAGCCAGGAUCUCUUCAUCACCCUCACGGAGAUCCCCUACCAACCCUCCCAAGGCCGUAACCCGGACCGUGAAUCAGGGGAAGGAUCAGUAGCUGUGAGUGUUUCUCGAGCUACCCUGGCAUCCCCCUCCCAGAGGCUGGCGCAGAUCAGGCGACGAAAGAGAAGGACACGGGACGAGAUGUUCUCAGAACUUAUGGGCUGCUCCCGAGCCGAGGCAGCACAGCAGACCCAGUGGAGGGAGAACAUGUCGCAAUACCAGCGAUCACACAGUGAACGGGAGGACAGGUGGCGGCAGGAAGACCAGCAGGCGACUCAAACGCUGCUUGGACUAAUGAGGGAGCAAACGGACACGCUCCAGUGCCUUGUAGAUGUUCUGCAGGACCGGAGGCAGGAGGACAGAGCCCCGCUGCAUUCUAUCUCUAACUGCUCUCCCCCGCCACAAAGUCCCAAGAAGAAGGGGCGGCAGGGGCCAUGAAAACAGUCACUCCACCCCUGCAGACUGCUCAAGUAGCAGAAGGCUCUCAUUCCCAAAGAUUUGAUACGUCCUUUCCUUCCCUCCAAAUGCACCUCACCCAAGCCCCCG